GGACAAACAUCCGGAAUCACAUGUCCACUGUCAUAUUUUACACAGUGGAACCACUGCACUUCUCUGCGUGCAGGUCAUGUCUACGUUAGCAAAAGCAAUGUCCAAGUUCCGUCUGGCUGUGGUCCAGCUGCAGGUGACCAGCGUUAAGGCGGAUAACCUGAGCAGAGCCCGGCGGCUGGUGAAGGAGGCUGCAGGACAGGGCAGCAAGGUGGUCCUACUGCCGGAAUGCUUCAAUUCUCCAUAUGGAACUGGGUUCUUCGCCUCUUACGCUGAGAGGAUCCCAGGAGAGUCGACUCAGAUGCUGUCAGAGAUUGCAAAGGAGAAUAAAGUGUACCUGGUAGGAGGAUCCAUUCCUGAAGAGGACGGUGGGAAGCUGUAUAACAGCUGCACAGUGUUUAACCCAGAUGGAGAACUGAUUCUGAAACACAGGAAGAUUCACCUCUUUGACAUCAGCGUUCCAGGCAAAAUCCACUUCCAAGAGUCAGAGACCCUGAGCCCAGGCAACAGUCUGUCAAUGUUUGAAACACCGUUCUGUAAAAUCGGUGUGGGCAUUUGCUAUGACAUCAGGUUUGCAGAGCUUGCACAGCUUUACAGCAGGAAAGGCUGUCAGCUGCUGGUUUACCCUGGAGCCUUCAAUAUGACGACUGGACCGGCCCACUGGGAGCUCCUACAGAGGGGGAGAGCUGUAGAUAACCAGGUGUACGUGGCCACAGCGUCGCCCGCUAGAGAUGAAACUGCCUCUUACGUCGCCUGGGGUCACAGCACAGUCGUCAGCCCGUGGGGUGAGGUGGUCUCCAAAGCUGGACCAGAGGAGGCUGUUAUUUAUGCUGAUAUCGACCUGCAGUACUUGGCCGACAUCCGACAACAGAUCCCAAUCACAUCUCAGCGCCGUGGCGACCUCUACACAGUGACGGCGAUACAGGAGGCGUCGAGCUGAACUCAACCACCUCAACCAAACCGUGAAGGUAAAAACGAUGCAACAAAUCUGUGCUGUGAACACGUCGACCUCUACUGCGAAGAGCGAGACUUUGAGGAAGUGCGAGCUGAGGCUGAUGGAUGGCGGCAUGGACCGAGCUCAGAAACAUUUCAACAGUGAUUGUUUUGUGCCACGUUUAGAGCUCUAAUGAUGAACUGAUGAAUAAAAACUAUUUUGGUAAUGUGUCCUCAUCAUGAUGUCAUUUAUCAACUUGAAUACUGUGACAUUUUACCCAUUUGACUGAAAGUUGAAGGUUUUCUGAUCGAUUUCAUACAUUUCACACAAUAAUGAAGACAACAAACAGUUUGGAUAAAAAGAUGAAUACUUGUUUUAGUAUUAAGUUGUACUGUUUGUUUGUAUUUAGUCAAAAGGUCAUUUAUUCUUCUGUUUUCUACAUGAUAGAAGAACCUAAACAGAUCUGCACUUUGAAAUAAAAUAAGACCAAUAAUGGCUUUUGGCGUCUUUAUUUAAAUGUUGAACACAGUAACUCUUUAAAACAGAAAAGGCAGCGUCCAGUAAA